GACUUAACGUAGUCCUGAUUGGUGCAGAUCAGCGCUAGAUCCGCCAAAGCUCUGUAGCAAGUCUGUAUUUCAGGUUGUGUUAAACUAAUGAUAGCCACAAGGCAAUAUAUUCUUUAACACCACUCAAAUAUGUUAUGCAAAAGAGUGAAAGUGUCACCUCUAGACUUUGACUUCUGACAUCUACUCGUUUAAUCAAGGCUAAGCGCAAUGUCGAAAUCAAUGUCCCAUGUAGGCGACGUCAGUAUCAACCCUUCUUAUCACAAGUGACAUACAGGUAGUAGGCCUCAUAGACAUAUAUACAUGUGUCUAUGGUAGGCCUAGCCUACUGAGGAAGUCCUAUGAAACUGACAACGCACGCGCAAGGGCUUUAUAUAGUUGGUGAAAUUGUGGUGGUGAGCUCAGCGUUUCUGAUUUUAUGCCGAAUCGUCAAGACUGGAGGUCAGGUGAGAACAGUCAGCUGAUCGCCGUCUCAGCGGCAGGAGGUCUAGCCGGCGAAACAGACGGUCUUGGAUGAAUUGCUAAAUUUCAGGAGUUAAUUGCCACUCUGGAAGAUAGCUUGAGUUAAUCGAAGGACUUCUGUUUUGUUUGGAUUCAUUGCAUUGGGAGACUGGUCCGAGUCCGACGAUCCAAGAGCAUAAAGAACAUUUCCAGAAAGCUAUGGUGACUGAUGGAGCUCUUUCACGGAUUUCAGUCGGGGAAUUUAACGACGGAAAUUUCUCCACGUUAUGCCCCAAUGGAUCUGUAUGGGUUUGGGAAGGACUCGGAGAGUGCGCACAGGAUUCCCGGGACAUGGCCAGUGUUAUUCUUGGGUUGCUGUCCAUAGUGUGUUUUAUGGUAUCAUCGCUCCCGCAAUACUACAGCUCAUGUCGCACAGGAAAUAUGGACCAAGCUCUGUCCAUUUGGUUCCUGUUGCUGUGGUUGUCAGGUGACACAUGUAAUCUGGUGGGAUCUUUUCUUGCCAACCAACUGCCCUUGCAGACAUACACUGCGGUUUACUAUGCGCUGGCUGACCUCGUGAUGCUCGGGAUGUACUUUUACUACAAGGGAAGGAACAAGUCUAACACCAACAAUGGCACACUGAAUGCAGUUGGUGUGCUUUGCCUGCUGGGAAUGUCGAGUUUUGUGGGCCUUCCAGGGUCAAGUUUGGAAAAGCAGGUAGCACCUGUAGGGCAUGGCAGCCGAACAUUACUGUCAGUAACAGAGGAGGACUCAAUGGGCACGUCCUUCAGCACCCGGGUGAUCAUUGGCUUCACCAUUGGCUCUGUGUCCUCCGUGAUGUACCUGUGCUCUAGGCUGCCACAGAUAUACACUAAUUAUAAGAGAAAGUCUACAGAGGGUGUGUCGUUCUUCCUGUUUGCAUUGGUCAUCGUGGGGAACACGACUUAUGGCCUGAGUGUGCUGCUGAAGAACCCCGAACACGGACAAGGGGAGGUCAGCUACGUGAUCCACCACCUGCCCUGGCUGAUCGGCAGUCUGGGCACGCUCUGUCUGGAUGUAAUGAUAUCUUUGCAGUUCAUGACGUACAAAUCCAAGUAUCCAGUCUCCAGUGCUGAAACUGCACCUCUCCUUGCCAACUAAGGCCAACCCAACCGCCUGUGUGCUUGACCGUUAGACACCACAUUUAUUUUACUUUUUGCUUUUAUUUUUUUAAUCAUAUUUUAAUUGUAUUAUUGUUUUAUAUUAUCAUCAGACCUGACUGGUGAUAUUUUAGGAGGAGUGUAGAACUUGUUUCUUGAGUGAAAAACAUGAGUAUAUUACUUUUUAUGCUCUUAAUUGUUCUGAUGUUAAAAAGGGACCUCUUAAAAAAAUUGAAUUCUUAUGAAUACAGAGAAACAUUUGCACAAAGCCUUUUCUGAUGACACUUGUUACAAAGGUUUCUUUUUUGUUGUUGAAGUAUAAGCGAGUUUGCCCUCUGGUUUACUGCCUUACUGUUGUACUACUCACAGCAUAGUUAUGACUGGUCCAGAUUUUCUCACUUACUUUUAUAUUUAUUUCUGUCUUUGUUUAAUCACAGUUUCCGAUGACUUGUCAAUGAUGUGAUGCCUUAUUGGUACUGUAAUUUUAUGGAUGUACUGUAUAAAUAUCAUUGUAAAGUUUUUCCAAUGAUCACAAAUUGUUUACAGAAUCGGUAGGAGUAGGGGAGGGUGAAUAGCUUGUUGUCCUGUAAUAUAUAUAUACACGCACCCAAGAUUUGUCAGAAAACGUCGCACAGAACUGUCUACUAAACAUGUUUUGAAACAAA